CCAUUGUAAGUACUAAUGCGCUGAGAAGUGAGAAAAAAAUUCUGAUUUUGACCCAGGAACGCAACCCAUCGAUUAAAAUCAAGCGAGAGUGAGCGAAAUAGUAGCACUAGUAAAAGAAGAAGAAUGGCGAUUUCUGGAGAUUUAAGGUUCAACAUGACCUUAGCUUCUUACCCUGCUAACCCACUUCGACGUUCUGUUGCCCCUUCCAAGGUAAGUUUUAGUGGUUUCCUCACUGGAGGAUCUGGUAUUUCUGAAGUUACUCCUAAGUGGCCACACAUUGAACUUGAAGGACGUAAUAUCCGGUGCCACUAUAACCGGCCUUCUGGGAUUGGAGGAGAAACUAAGCUCCCAGCCAAAACCUUAAACCAAGAAGCUGAGGGCUUCCUUCUGAAUGCCAUUCACAUGAGCUUCUUUGAGCGUUUAAACUUGGCAUGGAAGAUAUUGUUUCCAUCACCAGUGUCGAAAAGGAACUCUAAUGCAAAUAUUGCCAAACAGCGGCUAAAGAUGAUCCUCUUCUCUGACAGAUGUGCAGUUAGCGAUGAAGCAAAGCACAAGAUUGUGAAGAACAUCGUGAGUGCCUUAUCUGAUUUUGUGGAGAUAGAUUCACAGGAUAAAGUCCAGCUUAGUGUCUCAACUGAUCCUGAUCUUGGGACUGUGUAUUCUGUCACGGUGCCUGUCCGCCGAGUGAAACCUGAAUAUCAAGAGGAGGAUGAAUAUGGGAAAAUAACAAAUAUUGAGUACAAAGAUACAGGGGAAAGUUCUGGCUCUGUUGAUGUUAGGUUUGAUUUUUUCCUUCCAAGUGAGUAAUUUCAGUAGAGUAAUGCACCAUUGAGGUGUGGGAGAUCAUAAUCUCAGCUAUGAUGUAAACAUGUUCUCUUUGUAGUAGAACUGUAGAAGUUCCCACUGCAGCUGUUUUGGUCCUUUGGAUUUUGAAACCUAUAUAAAACCCUUGAGGUCCUGUAUAUAUUCGAAGUUUGCUAAAAGGUUGGAGAUACU